AUGGCCGAGACGGCGGAGAUGAGCCCAAACCGGCCGGGUCUCGAAUUUGAAAAGCCAUCCAAGCCAUCCAAAAGUGCACAUUUUCAAGCCACUUUGCCCGGCCUCAAAGUCAAUGGCGGUCCAGGUCCCGCUGUCGAAUCGAACGAUCACUCGAACGAUGUCCUCCGACCCAUUGGACCGACGCCUCCUCACUCAACUCCCCGAGAAAGUUCUCCCGACGGGUUAACGGCCUUCUCUACGACAUCGAGAACAUCUGGUGUUUUGAAGAAGCCCUAUGGGUCUGGUACACACCUGGCGCAAAACAGGACAAACGAACAGUCCCCAGGGGGGACAGAGCUUGCGGACUCGGAUAGUGCAUUGAAUGGGAAUGGGACACCAACGGCUGGAAGGAAGAGUGUGCAGUUUUCCCGAGAUACACAAGAGAUCGAUGUUCAUCAUCACAGUGGCCAAAGUACGCCACCGACGGGCAAAGGCGAAGGGCACGAGCACGACAAACCUCCGUCGUUAUACGCAAGGCUGCGGUCGCUUGCGAUCCCCCCGGGACUGGCUCACAGCCGGAGUCACAGUGCGCUAUCACUCAGCGCACGAUCUGUGGAAAGCAAAGAUUUUGAUGGACAUUUGUCGGUGCAGUCGAACCGCAACGAGGCUGGACUGGCUGCAACCCUGGAAGAGGACAGUGGUGCUGAAGCUGAUGCCGAUGCUGAAGAGAGUGAUGCAGAAAAUGCGGCGGAAAAUGCUAUUCCUCAAUCAACCCCGCAUAAACGUCGGCGGAAAAUACAUCGUUUCGACGACAUUGAAACGGCGCCGUCAUCACCGCAUAGCCCAAUGCGUCCAGGCUUUUCGAGCGCUCCCCUAAAUUCCGAUCCCGAUCGACCUCGCGUGCUAUCGAGGAGAGCUACGGAUACCGACAUGACACAUGGUCACCAAGGUGUCUCCGAGGACGAAGGACGCAAACAACUGGCUGGUGCCGGUGGUUGGACACCGCGUCAUCCUCUACGGGGACUAAGCUAUGGCGGGCCAAGGAAACCAAGUGAAACUACGCCAGAGGGUCAAAGGAGGCAGUUGACCUUACUGAAUUUUGCCAAUAUCAAUUCCUCCCGAGAAGCCGGCCCAGGCGAAUCACAGACGCCCAAAACUCCCUCCCGUCGCAAAAUGAUGGCAGAAAGAGGCUCGACUCUGAGUGCGGCUAAAUGGAGGCAACUCAAGAACAGCCUGCGCUCGUUAGGCCAGGGCAAGAAAAAAGAGCGGACUCCGGAUCAUGAAAAAUCUGCCGAACUAUUAGCCGAACUUGCGGCUGGCACUCCUGCUGCUCUCAUGCUGGCAAGCAUGUUCCAACGAGAUGAACAUAACAACCGAAGGAUACCAGUCCUUUUGGAGCAACUCAAGCUGCAGAUCACUGACAGCGAAGUGGACAAACACAGAGAAUCAGACGGCCAUCAAGAGGGUCGCCAUCUGAUCUUUCGAAUCGAGUUGGAGUACGGCAAUGGCGUGAAUCGCAUGAAGUGGGUUAUCAAACGAUCUUUGCGAGACUUUGCCAAUUUGCACAUCAAAUACAAGCUCCAUUACAGCUCGGAAAAGCUCCGAGGCCGAGGGGAUUCCAGCAAACAAAUGCCCAAAUUUCCUCGCAGUGCAUUUCCGUAUCUGAAAGUGUUUCGCGGACUCGACGAAGAAGACGAAGACUAUGAAGAUGAUGCUGGUAAUGAUAAUGACGCUGGUGCCGGGACCGAUACGGAAAGACCAACUCCCAAGAUUCAACACCGCCCAUCGUUUCCUCCAGGACGACGUAAAUCAAGCGCCACUGGCCACCCAGACACCGGCACUCCCGGAGGUGCACGACGAGAUGUUCGUUUUGCCGAUCGGCAGCGCAGAUUGCUGGAGCUCUACUUGCAGAGGAUGAUCAAAUUCAUGCUCUUUCGUCCCGAAAGCAAUCGACUUUGUAAAUUUCUGGAGGUGUCGGCCUUGGGCAUGCGUCUUGCGGCCGAGGGUAGCUAUCAUGGCAAAGAGGGCUUUCUUGUCAUACGGUCCGCCAAAGGUCUCGACUUUAGAAAGGCCCUGACCCCUUCCAAUGUCGCGCGUCGACAUGCACCAAAAUGGUUCUUGGUCAGGCACAGCUAUGUCGUCUGCGUGGAUUCACCCGAGGAGAUGCAUAUAUACGACGUGUUUUUGUUUGAUUCGGACUUCACCAUUCAAUCAUCCAGGCCACGGGGGGAGCAGAGAUCUGCCAAGGAACUGGCAGAGGCGGCAAGGGAAUCGGCGAAGCAUCCACAACAUCACCGACUCAAAUUGGUCAACUCGGAAAGAAAGUUGAAGCUUCUCGCUCGGAAUGAGCGACAAUUACACCAGUUUGAAGAAUCGAUUCGGUUGAUGAUCGAGACCUCACCCUGGGUCAAAAUAAACCGGUUUGAAAGUUUUGCUCCGGUCAGACCGAACUGCUUUGCCCAAUGGCUCGUCGAUGGAAGGGAUCACAUGUGGGUGGUCUCUCGGGCACUGAAUCAAGCCAAGGAUGUUAUUUACAUCCAUGACUGGUGGCUCAGCCCGGAGCUGUAUAUGAGACGGCCUCCUGCUAUCAGCCAGAAAUGGCGUCUGGAUCGACUACUCAAACGCAAGGCGGAGGAAGGUGUCAAGAUCUUUGUCAUUGUCUACCGCAACAUCGAAUCGGCUAUCCCAAUCGACUCGCAAUACACCAAGUUUUCUCUGCUCGACCUCCAUCCCAAUAUAUUUGUUCAACGAUCCCCGAAUCAGUUCCGGCAGAAUACAUUUUUCUGGGCCCAUCACGAAAAGUUGUGCAUUGUCGAUCACACUCUGGCUUUUGUGGGGGGAAUAGAUUUAUGCUUUGGUAGAUGGGACACUCCUCAGCACACCCUCGUAGAUGACAAGCCGACUGGCUUUGAGCCCAGUGAACAACCCAAAGACGCCGAUCAUUGUCAGUUGUGGCCGGGCAAAGAUUACUCCAAUCCACGGAUUCAGGACUUUUACGCUCUCAACAAACCUUAUGAAGAAAUGUAUGACCGUCAAAAAGUUGCUCGAAUGCCAUGGCAUGAUAUUUCAAUGCAGGUGGUCGGACAACCCGCUCGCGAUUUGACCCGACAUUUUGUCCAGAGAUGGAAUUAUAUUCUCCGACAACGAAAACCGACUCGUCCCACGCCUUUCUUAUUACCACCUCCGGAUUUCAACCCCGCCGAUUUGGAAGCGCUCGGCCUUGACGGUACAUGUGAAGUGCAAAUAUGCCGCUCCGCGGGACCGUGGUCUUUGGGCACCCCCGACAAAACAGAACACAGUAUCAUGAAUGCCUAUGUCAAACUCAUUGAAGAGUCUGAACACUUUGUCUACAUGGAGAAUCAGUUCUUCAUUUCGAGCUGUGAGACGGAAGGUGCCGUCAUCCACAACAAGAUUGGCGACGCUCUUGUGGAACGUAUCACUCGGGCCUGCAAAAAUGACGAAUCAUGGAGAGCUGUCAUUAUUAUCCCACUGAUUCCGGGCUUUCAGAACACUGUCGAGCAGGAAGGUGGCACCAGCGUGCGAUUGAUUAUGCAAUAUCAAUACCGAAGCAUCUGUCGUGGAGAGUCUUCGAUAUUUGGUCGGUUGAAAGCGAAUGGAAUUGAGCCAGAAGACUACAUCCAGUUCUACAGUCUACGUCAAUGGGGCAGGAUUGGCCCGCGAAAAUCAUUGGUCACUGAACAGCUCUACAUCCACGCCAAAUGCAUGGUGGUGGACGACAGGGUUGCCCUCAUCGGAUCUGCCAACAUCAACGAACGAUCGAUGCUCGGAAAUCGAGAUUCUGAAUGCGCAGCUGUUGUUCGAGAUACAGAUAUGGUCUGGUCAAGAAUGAACGGCCAGCCUUACCAAGUCGGCCGCUUUCCUCAUACUCUUCGUCUGCGUUUGAUGCGCGAACAUCUUGGCCUCGACGUCGACAAGAUCAUGGAAGAUGCCCAGGCUCUGGAAGCAGAGCGCCAUCAAUCAGAGCUUGCAGGAAAAUCGACAAGACCGGAUUCUCCAGAUGAUACCUUCGGCAGCCCCCUCUCGAAGGAAGAUGACAUGAUAGGCCCUCUCGACAACCGGACCCCCCCGGAAGUACGUGAAGAACUGCUGCAACGAGCUGAGGAUCUGAGGAGCUUCAACCAUGACGUCGAUUGGGAGCAAGAUGGCAACCCCAAUCUCAAAAGCACGCGAAGACUCACCGAAGAUCCCCGUGUCACGGGAAACCCGCAACACCGAAAAGAUGUUGAGGGCUAUGGCUUUGACAAAAUGGCCGACAUGGAUGCCGCCGGCUACGGAACGGGAAGAGAUUCCACUUUUGUUAAAGGCAACAAAGAAGUACUGGUGUCCGAUCUGGGUCCGGAGGGCAAAGCGACAUUGAAAGAACCGGUGAAGCAUGGCGAACAUCUACGCCUGUCGUCAUAUGUGGUCCAAUGGGAAACACCCAAUCCUCCUUUGCCUCCGCUUAGGCCGGGUCUGGGGCGAAUGAACACGGAACAGCUCGGUUUGCCGAUGUUGUCGCAACUGCCUGCCUUGCCGCAAGGGGAUGAUACGGACAUUGGUGGCCCUCCCAUCACAAAGGUGGGUCCCAGAGAUGCAGCGCCCGGCCGCCACCCCCUCAUGAAUGAGCUCAGGAGACCACUGAUUGACCGAGACUGCAUGAUGGAUCCCGUCCAUGACGCCUUUUUAUAUGAUACGUGGCACGCAGUGGCCGAGAACAACACCAAGAUUUACCGCAGUGUUUUCCGUUGCAUGCCCGACAAUCAGGUCCGAACUUGGGAAGAUUACCAUCAGUACGUGGCUUACGGACAGCGGUUCGAUCAGAUGCAAGGUAACGAUAUACCGGGGGACGACAAGUUACACCACCCGAGUCGGACAGAUUCCGUGUCCAAGAGUGGCCCACCAGGAGCUGGCUCCCGAGCCCCCGGCGCUCCGAUCAAAGCUCUCAGUCAAGUUCCCAAUGACGUUGAGAAACGCUCUGGCGAGUUCAAGGAGAAGUUGAAAGAUGCCUUGGGCGAGGAAAGCAAAGAAGGCCAAGAGGACGCGGAGAAGGAAAAACUGCGUAUCUGGGCCGCCGAAGCCAACCGAGCACAGGCCCAUCGACAAGGCAAACCUUCACUUCAUCGACAAGAAACCCUGACCGAAGAAAAGGCUGGAUUACAGACACUUCAUGAAGGACAAGCGAUCAAUGACGAGGGUAGUGCCGAAGGUGAAGAUGACGACCUCAGUACCGAUCCGCCCAACAGCAGCACUGGUACGGGAACAGCGGGGGAGAAGCAUAAAUCAGCCACUACUGGUACACCACCUAUGGCAACGGGAUCCUUGGUUGGAUGUUCGGACGCGGUUCACCAAAAUUCCGCCCUGGCAGCGGCCUCGUCGAAUGCAGGCGUCGGCACUGGAAGUGGACGCAGACGCAGAAGAGCUACCACUAGGUCUAGUCGACGAGACUUCAGCGCAAGCGACGAUAUCCUCAGUAUCGAAGAGGCGGAAGAGUUGUUGGGAUGUAUUCAAGGGCAUUUGGUCGUGUGGCCUUAUGAUUGGCUUGAAAAGGUGGAAGCCGGAAGUAAUUGGCUGUUCCCAUUCGAUCAGAUCAGCCCGAUUGAAAUCUAG